UAAAGUUGUACCAAAAGUGGUCUGAAAUAAAUAAAACUAUGAAUUUUAGCGAUGAUCCGUUGGCAGAUUUGCUAAGCGACAACAGCCUGGACAAUGACAACUUCUUUGAUGCACCAUCAACUGGAAAAAAGUUGCCCAAAGCAAAUCGGCCCAAAGGAAAGCUUGAGGAUUUGUUUGGCAUUAAAGAGGAGAGCGAAGCAGAUGUCCAAAGUCCAUCAUCAGCUGCCGCAACCACUAAACCCAAUGCCACCAGCACACCGCGCAUAGUGAAGCAGAAGCCAUCGCUGUCCAUGGACGACGCCGAAGAUGAUGAUUUGGGCUUUGAUCCAAAACGUCCCAAGAGUGGAGGCGGUGCCCGGAAAAAUCUACUGGAUGACUUGUUGGUGGCGGCAGAGCCGAAACGCAACAUAUUCGAUGACAUCGUUAGCGGUAGCGAUGUCACCAAACGGCCUUCUACCGGAAAACCUUCCAUGUCGCGUCAAUCUACGGACACCACCACUGACACCUCGAAUGUGCUCUCGCAAGCACGUCCUAAGACCGCCGGCGGUCCAGGACGACGCAGCUCGGCUUCGGCGCAGUCGACCAAUCUCAAUGCGGAUCCCUUGGGUCUCUUCGGACGUGAAAAGGAGACGAAUGCAACGGUUUCUGGGAUGUCGACGCCUGUAUCCAAGAAACGUGGCACCGCCGACUGGCUGGGAUUGGGCUUGGACAGCCAGUCAGCGGUGGAAGCAGAGCCGGAGCGUCCAGCGACACCGCACACACCACAACAGGUGAAGGAGUCAACACAGCCAAUGGAGCAAGCCAAAAGUACAGCAGAUGUAUUACGCUUGGCAGAUGCAGAUGCGGAGGAGGUAGAAUUGCGUCCCAUGGCGGAUAACACGGCUCAGCAGAUUCUCAUGUUGAACAACAUGCACAUGGAGAGCAGUCACAGCUACAACGCUUUGCAACAGCAGGAGACGCAACUGGUCAUCGCUGCCCAGAUGAAGAGUCAGGAACGUGCGCUGCUCGAGAUGCAACGCAAGCAAGAGUCUCAGGAUCGCCGUUUCCAGACACUAUUGCAGCAGCAAUUGCAGCGUCAGCUCCAAAUGGAGGAGCACAUUAAGGCACAGCAGGAGCGCAUCAAUGUGCAUCUGCAGCUGCUGAUGACCCAGCCUGCUAUGGAGGACACCAACAGUAAUAGCAACAUAGUGGAAGCCAAACAAGUUGCUAGCCAGCAACAGCCUGAGCCUGCCAAGGAUGAGUCCCGAGAGCAGCUGCUGCAGCUGGAGACGGAUGUGAAGCGCAAUCUGCUUGAGAAACUGCGGCUGGAGGAGCUGGUGGCCAACAUGAAGGUCAACUACGAGCAAGAGAUCCAGAUGAUUGAGAGCAGCUACAAGAAGCAGCUGAAGGUGUUGGAGGAUCACUGCGAAGCAAUGCAGGAGCGCCUCAAGCUGGAAAACUCCGAGCUGCGCGAGUACUACACCAGCAAGCUGGAUAAACUAAAGGCAGACUACGAGCUGCAACUGUCCACCUUAAAGCAGGAUCACGAGGAUGAUCUGCGUCUUUUGCGCAGUUCGCAUGAAGCGGACUUAGAACGCAUUCGCCAAGCCAAGUUGCUGGAGCAGGCUGCUGUGCGGGAUCAUGGCAGCUAUCUGGAAACGUUGCGUCUGGCAUCUAGUGAUCUGCAAGAGCUACGCGAGGGAUUGAGCACGACCAAGGAGCGCGAACAGCAGCUUGAGUCGCGGGAACGUCGUCUGGCGGAUGCCGAGCGACGAUUGAAGAUUGACGAAGAAAGUGCAGAGGAGGAAAAGCGACGCUUGAUGGAGUUAGUUAGCACGCUGGAGCUUCAGCUGAGUCGCCUGUCCAAGGACUCGGCCGAGGAGAAUUGGCAGUUGCGUCAGCGCAUGGCCAACUUGGAGGCAGAGAAGAAAGCGUUCGAGCAGGAGAAGCUCUAUCAUCGCGAUCAAAUGGCGCGCGACGAGAAACGAAUUGAGGAACUGAAGUCCAUGCAGCUGGCAGAGAUGGAGCGUCUACAACUGGAUAAUCAGCAAGAGCGCACACGUCUGUUGGUUGAGCAGCAGAAGCUGGAGAUGCAGCACAAACUGCACGAACAGGGCGACACGGAGAAGGAACGCCUAGAGCUGGAGGCGCAGCUGCAAGUGGCACGCGAUGCCAUCAAGCAGGCGGAUGAGCAGCGUGAUCGCUGUCAUAAGCAGCAGCGAGAGCUGGAACAGCGCAAGCGCGUGUUGCAGGACAAAGAAAAUGCCCUCAAUGUUAAGGAGGAUGAAGUGGUGCAGGCCUCCAGUGCCUAUCGACUGGCCAUCAAUCGAUCCCACAUGGCCGAGAACAAGGCACGUGAGGCAGAGCAGCUGCUGCACGCAAAGCUGCAACUCCUGGGCAAACGAGCCCACGAGCUGAGCGAGAAGGAAGCGCAAAUGUCACAGGAACGCAUGCUCCUGGCUCAGGAUCGGAUUGCGCUGCACAAGUUGAAGGAGCAGAUUGGUCAGAGCAAAUGUGCUCUUUGCAAAAUGGGCGUGGAGAAUGUGGAAUUCUCACAGCGCAUGGAUUCUCAUAACAGAGGAAAACCCUCAACGGAUGCGUUGCCAGCUCCGUCUACAACGGCUACUGUUCAACAGGUGCCGCCACUGCCGGCUCGCGAUAUUGUGGAUCGCAUGUUGGACGAUAACAUCGAUGCGUCUUAUCGACGCAUGUACAAUUUAUCGAGCAAUGCGGACUUGGAGUAUUGGAAUACAAUUGGUGGACUGGAUGAUGAUGCCAAGAAAUUGGCACUUAAUGGCAAUACAUUGGACGUUGAAGACUUGAUGUUGGCCAAUCUUAAUUUAAACUGAGCUGCAAAUAAAAAAUUAAAAUUUAAAACCAA